AGUUGUAGUGACAUCUCAAGGAUGAUCAAGGGAAAUUGGAUGCACCUGAGCUCAAUUUGGAGUGUCAGUGUGAAUACUUAUGUAAAUGAGAUUUCCGUAUUUGAUUUUCAAUAAAUAUGCAAUAUUUUCUAAAAACUUGUUUUCACUUUGUCAUUACGGGUUAUUGUGUAGAUAGAUGGGUGAGAUCUAUUUUGAAUUCAGGCUGUAACUCAGCAUGUGGAAUAAGUCAAGGGGUCUGAAUACUUCAAGGCACUGUAUAGAUUCAACUUCCAGAGAUUUAGCUUUCCAUGUUAUUACCAACUUGCAAAUAUUUCUAUAUUGUCAAUAUGUUAACAAAAGGAAACGUUGGGGAGACUAAUGCAUGGUCCUGUAUUGUUGAAAACAACUGUUCAGGUUAACAUUCUGGCAUCAACAAUUACAUUUUUUGGGGGUGCAAAUAUCUAAAAGUAUCUGUUAAGGAUUUAAAUGAGUCCUGUCCAGAUGCAUUAAGCUCAAACAGUGUUGCAUAUGAAGCCGUAUAGGAUGCUGUCCCCUUGGCAUUUUUACAGUCUGUGUUGUAGGGGUCAGACCAGCUUCACAUUCUAACCAGUCAGGACCUGAAACUGAUUCAAUUCAUCAAUGAAAAAAUGUCAUGUUGGUUGUAUGGAUGGGUCACAUGCUGGUACAGUCAUGAUGUGUUGUAUGGAUGGGUCACAUGCUGGUACAGUCAUGAUGUGUUGUAUGGAUGGGUCACAUGUUGGUACAGUCAUGAUGUGUUGUAUGGAUGGGUCACAUGCUGGUACAGUCAUGUGUUGUAUGGAUGGGUCACAUGUUGGUACAGUCAUGAUGUGUUGUAUGGAUGGGUCACAUGUUGGUACAGUCAUGAUGUGUUGUAUGGAUGGGUCACAUGUUGGUACAGUCAUGAUGUGUUGUAUGGAUGGGUCACAUGUUGGUACAGUCAUGAUGUGUUGUAUGGAUGGGUCACAUGCUGGUACAGUCAUGAUGUGUUGUAUGGAUGGGUCACAUGUUGGUACAGUCAUGAUGUGUUGUAUGGAUGGGUCACAUGCUGGUACAGUCAUGUGUUGUAUGGAUGGGUCACAUGUUGGUACAGUCAUGAUGUGUUGUAUGGAUGGGUCACAUGCUGGUACAGUCAUGUGUUGUAUGGAUGGGUCACAUGCUGGUACAGUCAUGAUGUGUUGUAUGGAUGGGUCACAUGUUGGUACAGUCAUGAUGUGUUGUAUGGAUGGGUCACAUGUUGGUACAGUCAUGAUGUGUUGUAUGGAUGGGUCACAUGCUGGUACAGUCAUGAUGGGUCACAUGCUGGUACAGUCAUGAUGUGUUGUAUGGAUGGGUCACAUGUUGGUACAGUCAUGAUGUGUUGUAUGGAUGGGUCACAUGUUGGUACAGUCAUGAUGUGUUGUAUGGAUGGGUCACAUGUUGGUACAGUCAUGUGUUGUAUGGAUGGGUCACAUGCUGGUACAGUCAUGUGUUGUAUGGAUGGGUCACAUGUUGGUACAGUCAUGAUGUGUUGUAUGGAUGGGUCACAUGCUGGUACAGUCAUGAUGUGUUGUAUGGAUGGGUCACAUGUUGGUACAGUCAUGAUGUGUUGUAUGGAUGGGUCACAUGCUGGUACAGUCAUGAUGUGUUGUAUGGAUGGGUCACAUGUUGGUACAGUCAUGAUGUGUUGUAUGGAUGGGUCACAUGCUGGUACAGUCAUGAUGUGUUGUAUGGAUGGGUCACAUGCUGGUACAGUCAUGUGUUGUAUGGAUGGGUCACAUGUUGGUACAGUCAUGAUGUGUUGUAUGGAUGGGUCACAUGCUGGUACAGUCAUGUGUUGUAUGGAUGGGUCACAUGCUGGUACAGUCAUGAUGUGUUGUAUGGAUGGGUCACAUGUUGGUACAGUCAUGAUGUGUUGUAUGGAUGGGUCACAUGUUGGUACAGUCAUGAUGUGUUGUAUGGAUGGGUCACAUGCUGGUACAGUCAUGAUGGGUCACAUGCUGGUACAGUCAUGAUGUGUUGUAUGGAUGGGUCACAUGCUGGUACAGUCAUGUGUUGUAUGGAUGGGUCACAUGUUGGUACAGUCAUGAUGUGUUGUAUGGAUGGGUCACAUGCUGGUACAGUCAUGAUGUGUUGUAUGGAUGGGUCACAUGUUGGUACAGUCAUGAUGUGUUGUAUGGAUGGGUCACAUGCUGGUACAGUCAUGAUGUGUUGUAUGGAUGGGUCACAUGCUGGUACAGUCAUGAUGUGUUGUAUGGAUGGGUCACAUGCUGGUACAGUCAUGAUGGGUCACAUGCUGGUACAGUCAUGAUGGGUCACAUGCUGGUACAGUCAUGUGUUGUAUGGAUGGGUCACAUGUUGGUUGUACAGUAUGAUGUGUUGUAUGGAUGGGUCACAUGCUGGUACAGUCAUGUGUUGUAUGGAUGGGUCACAUGUUGGUUGUACAGUAUGAUGUGUUGUAUGGAUGGGUCACAUGUUGGUACAGUCAUGAUGUUUUGCGAUGUUGAAAAAAGUGUCUGCAAAAAUGCCUGCAUUAACCCAUUAAAAAUGUUUUACAGCAGUUGGU